CAACCCCCAACCCUCCUCGUUAAAAAUGUAAAUGCGAAAAAAUUCAAUACUGUGCAGCCAAACGCGACGGUCGCAGCGUUCUCCACUCACAAUCGCUCUCCCCGCUUUAUCCCCCCAGCACGUAAUGCUCCAGUUCCGGGAUACUACCCAAAUAUCAGUUAAAUAUUGACAACGGAUUUCGAAUCGCCCCCAAAGUCCUCAGUGAAAUUCCCAACAAGGGCAACUUGCAAACCGGCAAAAAAAUAAAAAGCGCCCCCGCGUUUGUGCAGUGAGUGAAAAGUGGCAAAGUGUUCGAGCGCUAAGCUAUAGAAUACGAUCUUGAGCAGAUCCGGCGAAACAUAUGUCAAGUGCAGGGCGACGCGACUGCUAGCAGAGGUUGCGACUGCGACUUCCGCAUCCGCUCCUGUUUCUGUUGUUGUUGGUGGCAGCAGCAGAUACAACAAUGAAAAUCAGAACCGAUUCGCAGACAUAACACAUUGCGGUGGAGGUUGAGAAGAACGGCAUGGUGAAAAUGGAAUCGACGGAAGAACAGGAUCGAAAGCUAGUUUUGGAGUUCUGCCACUUGCUAGAGAAGUCCAAGCAGCUCUUCAACGGGCUCAGGGAUCUGCCUCAGUAUGGCCAUCGGCAGUGGCAGGCCUACUUCGGUCGCACCUUCGAUGUCUACACCAAGUUGUGGAAGUUCCAGCAGCAACAUCGCAUGGUGCUGGACUCCAAGUAUGGCCUGAAGCGCUGGCAGAUCGGAGAAAUAGCAAGCAAGAUUGGCCAGCUUUAUUAUCACUAUUACUUAAGAACCAGCGAAACCAACUACCUGAACGAGGCGUAUCAGUUCUAUGCGGCAAUUAGGGGUCGGGCCUACUAUUCGCGGGCGGCCAAGGAGGAUCGACCGGAUCUGAUGGUGAAAAAGCUGCGAUACUAUGCCCGGUUCAUUGUGGUGUGCCUGCUGCUCAAGAAGAUGAAGCUGGUGCGGGAGCUGGUCACCGAGUUGGAAAAACAAAUACAGGAAUUUCCCCGCAGCUACGAGCCGGAGGAUCAUUUGGAGUGGUCGCUGGUGCUCGAGGAGAUCAAGGGCUUCAUCAAGGCGGAGGCGGCGGUGGCCGUACUGCACGCCGACUCCAAUCCCAUCAUCCUGUCGCACAGUGGUUCCGGUUCUAGGUUGUCGCCGCUGACGACGCCGCCCUGCGAGCGUUCGCCGCACAUGACGCUCAGCCUGCAGGAGAUCCUGAUCGUGGGCUCCGCCUGCGAGCAGGCCAAGUUCUCGGAACUGACCAUGGACAUGUUCCGGAUGCUGCAGACGCUGGAGCGCGAGCCGACGGAGUCGACCACGAAUCCACUGAGCAUGGCCCACGGACUCCAUGGGCACGAUGCGAGUCCGGCUGCCAGCCGAAUACCGCCGUACGGAGUGCCGGGCUCCAAGGGCUACAUGGAGAACGGACGGGCCUUUCGAGACAAUCCCCACAAGUAUCUACUGUACAAACCUUCGAUAAGCCAGCUGCUGGUGUUCCUCGCCAGCGGCUCUAAGGAACUGCCACUGGGCGGUGCCCUGCUCCUCUACAUGUCCGCCGAUGGCUGCUUCUCUACCACCAAACAUCCCGAGGAUUUUGGCUACGAGCUGGGCGGCCUGGCCACCAGCGUGAAGCGGGACAGCGUGGAUGGUGGAGGGCUGUCCUGCCGAGGAAAAUCGUACAAGGAGAACCACUGCCUAUAUCCGGGUGAUCUAUAUCCGUUCACACGCCGGCCAAUGUUCGUUGUGAUCGACUCGGACAACUCGUUUGUCUUUCAGCACAUACCGCGCUAUUUUGGCCAGCCGCUGGUGGUGCUCAUGUCCCCGCAGGAUGUGCCGCCCGCAUUCCAGGGUAGGAUCUCUAUCCCUUUUGCUCUGCCCAAGCACUUAUACCCUUUUCGCCUUAUUUUAGCUGAUGUCCAGCAUCAUGGAUCGCUGUUUACGUUGUUCCUUCACUCCCCGCUCACCGCCCUCUGCUAUAUCUGCAACGUUGGAGACGUGCCCAUCCACCACUGGGAACGUUGCCAGACCUACGUGGACCGCUUCAUCACGGAGGCCUCGCGCCUCGUCACCCGGUGUCGCAUCGAUGAGAUCGAGCAGGGCAUUGGAUUUAUAGAUUCCUCCUACGUGCAGUUCUUCGGCGACGACUUCCUGCGCACUCUGAUCCUCCGCUUCGUCUUCUGUGAUGUGGUGCUUCGGUUGCACCGCGGAUUCCGGGGUCGACACAUGAGACCCCGCUGUGAGCCGCAGCUGCCAGCGAACGAACUGCUGGAGCACCCCUCGCUUUCGCACAUCAUCUUUCAGCUGGCCUCGGCCUUGGAUGUGCGGGGUCACUUCUCGGAGGGACCGGAAUGCGACUGAUGACUUUUUGCGGCCAUAGUCGUGGUGGUGGCCAUCGGGAUCUGCCUGCGACAGCAGCUGUUCCACGUGAUCGAGAGGCAGUUGUCCGGAUGGAUGCUUUCGCUGUACAAUACUUUUCCGCUGGGCUGGAACUGGGCCUGAGAUCGGGGUGUUGCUGGCCAUGGGUUUCCUUUCGUUGGCAGUGCUCCGGCUGCCGGCGUAAAUCAUUUCAAUAACGUAACGCAACGUAACUGCAUUAUAAUACGAAUAUAAAUAUAUAAAUACGAGUAUAAUAUAUAUAUAUAUGAUAUAUGCGUAUAUGGAUAAAGGUAAAUUAAUCAAGUAGCUAGUUUUCUUAUAUAGUGCGUCGCGCAAUGGAAAUGGUCCAAUGUUAGUUGCUUAGCAUAUACAUAAUUAAUGAUAACGAUAACGAAGAUAUACAUACGAGAAAUCAAUGAUAUUCAGCCGAUAUCGCAGCAGCAACAAGAAAAGCAACCACAAACAUGUCAAAAGAACCUAACAAACGUUAACUGCCAAAAGAAGAUGAAAAACGAAAGAAAAACCAAGCAAACAAUUGAUGAUAAAAAUCGAAGCCGAAUAUCUAAUCAAAUUUUGCUUGAGCGGUACCGGGAAAUUUUUAUGAAAAUUGUGAGCGCGGAUUAACUUUGUCAUAUGCAGCGGAAAAAUUUUAGCUUUUAUACAACCGAUAUUGAGGGAAACCUAAUCGAAAGUGAAUCACGAACACGACACACUAUAUAAGAAAGGAGGUGCGUUUUUUAUGCAUUGUACGCGGCGCUCAUAACAAAUUGAAAUUACGAAACCAGAAUAUUAUUGUACGUAUGUAAUAUUGCAUAUAUGUAUCUAUUAUGAUUACAAGAUGACUGAAAGUUACUGUUUCAACAAAGGAAAAAACCAAAAAACGUAUAAAUAAAAGUAAGACAACCAAAAAAGAAGGCAAAGUUUAGCAAAAGUAAUAACUAAUAUUAACUUAUACAUAAUGCCCUAGUUAAGUGAAACAUGGAAAAUAUACAAAAUAUAUUUUGCGUAUGUUAAAGUGAAAUACAAAAAGCCCAACCAAAAUUUUAUACGAAGGAAAUGCAUACAAAAUUUACACUUCAACUAACGAAUGAAAAUCUGUUCUCGAAUCAUUUUUCCAAAAUGCCGCAAAAUUCCAUUUCGGUUUUCGAUAUAAACUGUGAAUUGGAACAGGUCACCGUAAUAAUAAAUAUUUAUGAUAACAUAUAGUUACAAGUCACACUAACUCUAUGGAUUUAUAGGCAAAUGAUAAACGCAAUAUUGAAAGUUACAAAAUUAUAUAUAUAUAAAGCAUAUAUAUUUCAAUACGAAAAUAAAACUAGUUGAACGCAUAGUAAAUUACUUGAUCAUUUUUACAAGACAAGCCGCAAACGAAAAUAAAGAAAAAUCUUACCAAAAAGAUACAAAAAAAAAAACAAAAACAAUUUAAUAUUUACUUUAAAUUUAUUAUUUUCUACGGAUAAUAUGUGCAUUUUUAUAUAUUUAAACGAAAGAUAACAAAUUUUACGCUAGUUACAAACAAAUUUUUCUGAAGUCUUCAAGCAGCCGUAUUAAAAAAUUAAAAACUACAAGCAAAACGAAUCGAAGAGAAAACAAACUAAUUUAUUCAGCCGAGUUCUAAUCAACUUAUUCGCUUUGUUAACUAACAAAUUGUAUAGCUUUUCCACAAUUUCGUUUACACUUUUUGUACAUAUAGGAAAAAUACUAAAAAAAUCGUUGAAAGAACCAAAUUAUAUCACUCACCACCAUUGUACUGAAUCAUUUCCAUUUAUGUUUUUGUACAUUUUGAGAACUGCAUUUACGGAAUAGCGAGAACAAAUAAAGUAAAUUAAAGCAAGGGGAGAAUUGAAAUAAUCAGCAACAUUAACCACACUCACACGUAAACCAAGCCCACAAAACGAGAACAUCUAAACAUUAUCAAAAACAAAUUGUUUAAACGACCUUCAAAGUCACAAAUAACAUACAAAUCGAAUCCAACAUUAAGAAAUGAUAACAAAUUUAGCAAAGCCACAAGAGAAUAUUAUGAAAAUGGAACGGAGAACGAGAAAGUGUAUGGGAGUUUGUAUGAAGUAAUAAGAAUAAAGCACACGUUUGAAAAGA